AUGACUCAGGCAAACCAAUCAAGUGUCUCUGAGUUCCUCCUCCUGGGGCUCUCCAGGCAGCCCCAGCAGCAGCAGCAGCUCCUCUUCGGGCUCUUCCUGAGCAUGUACCUGGCCACAGUCCUGGGAAACCUGCUCAUCAUCCUGGCCACCAGUACAGAUUCCCGCCUGCACACCCCCAUGUACUUCUUCCUCAGCAACUUGUCCUUCGUGGACAUCUGUUUCUCCUCCACCACCAUUCCCAAGAUGCUGACCAAUCACAUACUUGGGAGCCAAACCAUCUCCUUCUCUGGGUGCCUCACACAGAUGUAUUUUUUUAUGACGUUUGGGGAUGUGGACAAUUUCCUCCUGGCUGUGAUGGCCUAUGAUCGCUUUGUGGCUGUAUGCCAUCCCUUACACUACACAACAAAGAUGACCCACCAGUUCUGUGCCCUGCUGGUUGCAGGACUAUGGGUCAUUGCCAAUAUGCAUUCUUUGUUGCAUACCUUGAUGACAGCUCGACUCUCAUUCUGUGCAGAUAACAGAAUCCCCCACUUCUUCUGUGAUGUGCCUCCUCUCCUAAAGCUCUCCUGCUCUGACUCACACCUCAAUGAGCUGUUGAUUCUGACUGAGGGGUCCCUGAUAAUGAUCAUCCCAUUGGCUUCCAUCCUGGUUUCCUACAUUUGCAUCACCUGUGCUGUCCUGCGAGUCCCAUCCACAAAGGGGAAAUGGAAAGCCUUCUCCACCUGUGGCUCCCACCUGGCUGUGGUUUCCCUCUUCUAUGGCACCAUCAUUGCUGUGUAUUUCAACCCUUCAUCCUCCCACUCAGCUGAGAAAGACAUAGCGGCUGCUGUGAUGUACACAGUGGUGACCCCCAUGCUGAACCCUUUCAUCUACAGCCUCAGGAACAAGGACAUGAAAGGGGCCCUAACAAAAGUGAUUUCCAUGAAAUUUUUCUCUGUUCAAUAA